AUGACUAGAGAAAAUCAGUUGGAUAUAACAGAAAUGUUCAAACAAGGAGAAAUUGAACAGUUAACUGAUCUAUUGUUGAAUUUCCCCAGUAUACUUAACCAACAGAAUGAAAAUGGUGAUUAUUUAGCCCAUAUUGCUGCACAGUACGGCAGAAGUGAAUUAAUUAUGCUUAUGGCACGUUUAAGCUAUAAUUUUAACAAAUAUUUCAAUUGUCUUGGUUAUCUACCUGUACACACUGCUUGUCAUUAUCAACAAUUCGAUUGUUUAAUAGCUUUAAAACUUAGUGGAGCAGAUUUGAAUGCUAUCACGGAAUCGGAUUUCUUAACACCUUUGCAUAUUGCUUGUAUUACUGGCAAUUUACCGAUAGUGCGUUAUCUUUUACGAGAAAAUGUUCAAUGGAAUGUUGUGGAUUUGUAUGGUCGUACACCAGGAAAGUUGGCUCUAAUCCAUAACAAUUUAUCGGUAGCAGAUGAAAUAUUUAACUAUAGUAGAUCAUAA